GGGAGCAGUGCCUAGGUCUGAAUUUGGAAGCCUCUUUGAGCUUCUUCAUGGCUUUGCUGAACCGCUGCUUUAGUUCCCUUAUCACUGGUGGAGUUGAAGACUGUGUAAGGCUUCAAUUAAAAUAUCUCGUGAUGGAACUUCAUUGUUUGUCACAUAAUGUGAGAGCAUCGCCUGUGUCCUGUGACGAGAGUCGAGAUGUCCAAACUAUCCUUGCGUAUCUUGUGCUGCCUGGGGAAAGUAAUAUGGGUGGAUAUCUCAAAGCUAAUGGUCCAGUAGUCGCUACUGCAACUGGGAGUACUCUCAGGAGCAGGUGCUGAGGUAUGAAGCUGUUGCAAGAUGGGUUUAAAGCAGAAACCUGUUGGGUUAAAGUUUGUGGUUAAAGUUUUGUGUGUCGUCAGUGGAUGCUUCAUUUACUACUUCAUUUGGGAACAAAGCAGUGCCUGACCAUGCCUGGAGUCCUUUGUCAUCCUCUGGUAUCCCACUGUUCUCUCCCCACUGAUUUCUGGCUGGUACAUCUCCUCCUUCUCCUCUUCCAACUCUCCCAGCACUUUCCCUGGCCAUGGCAGAUUCCUCCUCUCUACAGAAUGCCCCAGCCCUCUUGGCAGAGACUUGACACUAACUAGCAACCCCCUGUUGUACUGAGGUUCUUUUAAUUAAAACCCAGUGUCACGUUUAAAUAAGGUUGUGCAUGUUGUGACACAUCUGAAUACAGCUCAAUGGGGCUGCUUGUACAAGCAUAACUCUGCUACUUGCUGGUCCUCCCCCUCUCCUGAUGUAAAUUAAGGCAAUCAGGCUACUUUUUAAAUUCCAUGGCUAAGACUGGCUGUUGGACCUUUGUAACAGUGAGAAAUAAUUGUAUUGCUUUUAAUUGCUUUACAUCUCCUCUCUCCUGGAGACCUAUUGCUGCUGCCAAAGCACUCUGUGACUGAAGCCAAGCUUCCAAACAGCUGGAUUUGGCAGAGAUGUGGAGGUUAAAGCCAGCCUAAGCAGACAAUAGCUGGGGAGCCUGUUCAGGUGGUGGCCUGCAGCUGCUGCUCCACUCCCAAUAAUAAAUCAUAAUGGGGACUCAAGUCAAAGCCAAGGUUCAAACAGACCAUUGGUCCAAAAACUCAGCUGUUUCUGCAGAGUGCCUGCCCACGGCACAAAGAGUAUGCAGAGGUGGGUUAGACAGUGGAUAUCUGCAGGCUCCUGGUCCAUCUCCUGAUUUCUGUGCAUCAAACCAAAUGCACAUUUGGCCCUGCUGUGCUACAACUGGGAAGGCAGUGAGGGCUGUGCUUCCCUCUAGGGUCAGGCCUGAGAUGAGCUAAGGAGUUUAUGGGAGUUGAGCUGGCAGCAAAGGUGGAGAGGAUUAUUGUCAGCUGGGUUUGCUCUCUCUAUUGCUGAAGAAGAGAAAGCUGCAGGGUCUUGAACUCAUACAUCUGCUGCUUUCUGAUCAGGAUCAGUCUGACAGAUUGCACAGAUACACCUUCAUUAAGGUCAUUCACUUGGCAGUGCCCAGCAGUCAGUAUCUCUGCAUGGCAGCCUGUGUGUGUUCCUGCUCAGUGGUGCAUGUCUUAUCCUCAUGCCUGGCAGGCCAGGAGCUGUGCCUGAGUCAUAUGAAGUUGGUUGGAGGGCCCUUUCCAAGGUCUGUGUACUCACCAGGCAGCAGGACACAGCAUGGAGCUCUUGUGAGUCUAGGGGAUGCUCACAGAUGUGAUCCCAUUCCAGAGAGGAGGUGAAAGGUGAGAGCAGAGGUAGUACCUGAAAUUUCCCCUUCUCUCCUGCUGUUAGAGUAACUUGCCUGAUGAGGCUCUGCAGGAGCCCAGCAGUGAGAGACCCAGCUGUGGAAAAGAGCUGCAGAGUCCCAGCCAGAAGCCCACGGGUUAACACAGCACUGCGGGGCUUGAGUCAGCCCAGGCUCUAAGGACAGCCCAGCACAGAGCAGCCUUCAGACCAAACAAAGUACCUUCUGCCGAGCUGGGGCACAGAUAAAAGAUCCCAUGGCAUUUCUUGUGAAGCCUGGAGGAGACUGCCAGUGCUGAAGCUGAAAUCUCUCUGCCAACAAACAAAACUGUCUUUAAACUCUGAGGCUGUGUGUGAGCUAUUGUCGGGGACAUAAUGGCUUCUCUGUUUCCCUGCACAGUCAUUGCUCUGCAAACACACCACUGGUCUCUUUUAAAGGUAGUUGAGUGUAAAUUAAGUUCUCGAACCUGGAAAGAAUUUUCAUCCAUUUACUACCCUUGGCUGACAUUUGUUUAGAGAGCAGCACAUACAGUAGAUUUACACUCUGGUUUGAGCUGCUUUACCUGGAUCAAGAUGGGCAUCUCUAGUGCUCAGACUGAAACUCACAGAUACAGGGCUUGGAUAGCAAAUGUGUAUCUCCUGGUUUAAGCUGGGAGGUGAGGCUGGGGGGGCCCUGCUUGCUAAUCACCCCGCUCUGAGAAAAGUUUUGGUUUGGCUGGCCUGGCCUGUUUCCUCUAGUUAGCUCAGUGCUGGCACACUCACUGCUGCCUAAUCCUGUGUGUGUGGCUGCUGCAAGGCACUGAGUGCUGCUCUGGCUGUUGGAGUUCACUCUGCCUUGGGCAGCUGGGCAUACACAGUGGGAUAGGUGCAUCCAUUCUUCACCACAAUUCCAUGGACUGGCUUUUCUCUGAGGAUGGCAGAUGCUUCAGUAAGGAAGAUGAAGACGCGCUGUUUGGUGGUCACAGUGGUGACCGUAGCCCUGCUGGGGCUCAUCUUGUUCCUGGGACUCUUCUUCGGGCUGCGCUCAGGCUCGGGGGACGCACACACGUACAAGAGGGCGGCUGUGGCCACUGAUGCAGGGCAGUGCUCCAUCAUUGGAAGGGACAUCCUCAAGCAAGGAGGAUCAGCGGUGGAUGCUGCGAUUGCAGCCCUGCUUUGCGUAGGACUCAUGAACGCUCACAGCAUGGGCAUUGGAGGGGGCCUCUUCUUUACCAUCUACAGCAGCACAGGAAAAGUGGAAAUCAUUAAUGCAAGAGAGGUGGCUCCAAAAAGAGCAACAGAGGACAUGUUUGGGAACAACACACAGCUCUCUCUGAAAGGAGGACUGUCCAUUGCUGUUCCAGGAGAAAUCCGUGGCUAUGAGCUGGCUCACAAACGUCAUGGCAAACUGGCAUGGAAAGACCUGUUUCUGCCCAGUAUCAAGCUGGCAAAAGAAGGAUUCCCUGUUGGGAAAGGCCUUGCUGCAGCCAUCAAAUCAAAAGAGGAGGCAAUCGAAAGCAAUCCCUUGCUGUGCGAAGUGUUCUGCAAAGGAGGGAAAAUUCUGCAAGAGGGUGAAACCAUCAAGAUGCCCAAACUAGCCAAGACCUACGAGACUAUAGCCAGAGAAGGAGCAGAUGCCUUUUACACAGGAAGCCUGGCAAAGCAGAUCAUCGCUGACAUCCACAGUGUAGGGGGAAUUGUCACAUUGGAAGACCUGCGGGACUACAAUGCGACAGUGAUCGAAGACCCCAUACAGAUCAAACUUGGGGAGUUCACCCUCUACACACCCAGUGCCCCCCUAAGUGGCCCAGUUCUGGCCCUCAUUUUCAACAUAUUGAAAGGAUAUAACUUCUCUGCUGCCAGCAUCAAAACCAUGGAGGAGAAAGGUCUGACCUACCACCGCAUAGUGGAGGCCUUUCGCUUUGCCUAUGCCAAGAGGACUUUGCUGGGAGACCCAAAAUUUGUCAACAUUACAGAGGCAAUCAGAAACAUGACAUCCGAGUUCUUUGCGGAUGGUCUCCGGAGGAAAAUCACAGACAACACCUCCCAUCCAGUUGACUACUAUGAGCCCGUGUAUUACACUGGAGACAAUGCCGGUACAUCCCACAUCUCCAUUGUGGCUGAUGAUGGCAGUGCUGUGUCCGCCACCAGCACCAUCAACCAAUACUUUGGCUCUGAUGUACGAUCCAACGUGAGUGGAAUCAUAUUUAAUGAUGAAAUGGAUGACUUCAGCUCACCUUACAUAAUCAAUGGAUUUGGGAUCCCUCCCUCUCCAGCAAAUUUCAUCGCUCCAGGUAAACAGCCAAUGUCCUCUAUGUGCCCCUCCAUUUUGGUGGAUAAAAUGAAAAAGGUGAGGAUGGUGGUUGGUGCUUCUGGAGGAACAAAAAUAACUACAGCAACAGCACUGACGAUCAUGAAUUCCAUCUGGUUUGGUUACGAUGUGAAGAAAGCAGUGGAAGAGCCCAGAAUUCACGAUCAGCUGUUUCCCAAUAUCACAGAGCUCGAGCAGCAAAUAGAGGAGGGCAUAGAGGAGCAGCUGAAGAAGAGGAAGCAUGACACGGCGCGGGUGAGCGGUGGCGCGGUGGUGCAGGCCAUCCUCCGAACGGAGCGCGGAUGGGCUGCAGCCUCCGACUCACGGAAAGGGGGCUUCCCUGCAGGCUACUGACCUGGCUCAGCUCCUUUUUUCAGUGGUCUAGUGACACCAAGGUGUGUUUGGGGGGAAGAUCCUUUAGAUCUGCAACUCAGGGACUUCUCACAGGAAAAGAGAACACAUUUGCCUGUGGUUCUGUUGAUGGAACUGGGACAGUUCUCUACAGCCAUGACCGAAGUGCCUCAUGCCACAGCCGUCUACUAAGACAGGCAUGUCCACCAGGACGUGCAGUACUUACUUGAAGAGUCUGUUCUGCCUUGAAGAGUUUGUUCCCUGCCUCCUCUCCAUCCCAUGAAGACAGAUUGGGUGCCCAGUUUCUGCAGAAGGUCCAGCUCACUCAAGCUGCAGGAAGUGUUUCCCCUGCACAGUGUCAGCUACCAGGAAUGUCCCUGUCACUGCUAGAGAAGUUUUUGUUUCCUGUUGAGUAGGUGGGAGUUACAGGACUCUGGGACUGGGUUUUCUAAGUUACAAACUAAUAGAUCUGUGCCAUAGCAGGAAGCCCAGCUCUAGACUGGGAUACGCCCAACUCACCACUCUGUUAACAAAAGCUGUUUCUGCAUUUCACCCAGUUGUUUAUUGGAGAUGCGUGGGGAAAUGGGGAAAUGGCUUCAAACUUUUUUAUAUUUCUGUUGAGAAGGUCUAAAGGGAAGAUGCUACCUGUAAAACUCUGAGCACAACUAAAAUAAAUAAGUACGGAGUCACACA